GGGAGGAGCUCCGUGAGCGGGGAGCGUGGGACUUCUGUGUCACGUCCUACCCCAGGCCUCCUGCUUAUUGACAUAUUUUGGGACACCCCUGUGCCGUACCGAUGACAAACCGUGGGCCAAAGCGUCCUUGAACCACCUCUCUCUCAGAACCCACGGGGAGAACUGCCACAGGGUGUCGCACCGCCCCGGCACACCAGCACGAGCGAGACACGCACGGACGAUCUGCGGCGCAGGGACAGGGCGCUGCAGGAGCUGAUCCCUGCAGCACAAACACCAGCCGGAUCGAGACCUGCCCUCAGCCCUUAUCUUUGAUAAGGAAUUUCACCCUUUUCCAGCAGGAAAAGCCGCAGCCCCCGGACGCCCCCCCCGGGAGAAGCGCCCACCUCGCUAUCCCACCAUGGCCGCCGGACGGAUCCCAUUGGCUGCAGGCCCCGCUGCGGAUUAGGCGGAGCUGCCAGCGGGGCGGGGCCGGAGCGCUGAUUGGCUGCCAGGGAGCGGGGGGGCGGAGCGCUGCCGGCCCGGCCAUGGCGGCGUACGUGCGGCUCGGGGCUGCCAAGGUGCCGCUGCUGGGGCUCGGCACAUGGAAGUCCCCCCCAGGUAAGGUGGAAGCUGCGGUGAUGGCUGCCAUCGAUGCCGGGUAUCGCCACUUUGACUGCGCCUACGUGUACCAGAAUGAGAAGGAAGUUGGGCGUGGGAUCCACCAGAAGAUCAAGGAAGGUGUUGUGAAACGAGAGGACCUCUUCAUCGUCAGUAAGCUGUGGUGCACAUUUCAUGAGAAGCCUCUGGUGAAGGGAGCCUGCCAGAAGACUCUUGCUGACCUGAAACUGGAUUACCUGGAUCUCUACCUCAUCCACUGGCCUUUUGGGUUCAAGGUAGAAGAGGGGCUGUUUCCCACAGGCAUGGCUAUCCCCAGCAACACUGAUAUUCUGCAGACAUGGGAGGCCAUGGAAGAACUGGUGGAUGCUGGUCUGGUAAAAGCCAUUGGAAUAUCCAACUUUAACCAUGAGCAGACUGAAAGAAUCUUGAACAAACCAGGACUGAAGUACAAGCCUGCAAAUAACCAGAUUGAGUGUCAUCCAUACCUUUCCCAGGAGAAGCUGAUCAACUAUUGCCAAUCCAAAGGGAUCACUGUGACAGCAUACUGUCCCCUUGGCCGUCCUGAUGGUUCUAAGCCAGAGGCACCUUCCCUUUUGGAUGAUCCCAAGAUCAAAGAGAUUGCAGCCAAGCACAACAAAACCCCAGCACAGGUUCUCCUUCGCUUCCAGAUCCAGAGAAAUGUGAUUGUGAUUCCCAAGUCUGUCACACCACAGCGCAUUGUGGAGAACUUCCAGGUGUUUGACUUCGAAUUGACUAAAGAGGAGAUGGCAACCCUGCUCAGCUUAAACAGAAACUGGAGGAUCUGUGAAAUGAUCACGUGCAAAAAUCUCAAGGAGUACCCUUUCAAUGCAGAAUACUGAAGGUGGUUUUAUCCUGCCCUCCUGGAGGCCUCUGGAGUGUAAUGAGCUUCUACCAUUCCCUGAAGUUGCCCACUAACUGCACACUGUCUCUCUCGUGCCAGCAAAGGCACAGUAUAUGUAUUCAGUGACUUUGGGUUUUUCUGCUUUGGUGGAACAAAAUAGUAAAACUGUUCUGAAGAACAAAAUAUGGGCUACAGUAAUUCUCUGCUCAUUAGAUGAGUGUCUCUGCAUGGCUGAAAUAGUAAAGCAGAAAACAGAAUAACCUAGCAACUGAUUUUGUCUUCUGUCUUGCAUCAACACCACUUAAGGCUGCAGGUUAAAGAUAUGUGAAUGCAGAAGAAAGAUCCAUCCUGAAAGAAUGAACUACAUAAUCACUGCCUGAAGAUAAAAGACAACAAUUAAUUUUACUUCUAGAGCACAGUUCAAAGCUUUCUGUGAAAGAAGAAUAAAUGGGAGAAGUCCAGACCUACAGAUGCAUACCAACUCAUACUGGGCUUUAAUUCAGUUGUAAUUUUUUACAGGCUGAAACUGGACAGAGAUUAGUGUUCAAUUUCAUUCUUAACCAAAAUAAAAAUGUUUAGAUUACUGCUGGUUUGGAAGUUCUACUCUAAUGUGAAAAUUAACAAACCAAGCAACUUGCAUUAACAAUGUCAUUGGAGAUAAUUACAGAAUCAACGAGGUUGCAAAAGACCUCUGAGAUCAUUGUGUCCAACCUUUGACCCAACACCACCUUGUCUACUAGACCAUGGCACUAAGUGCCACAUCCAGUCUCUGAAUCCUCCAAGGACGGUAACUCUACCACCUCCCUGGGCAGCCCAUUCCAAUGUUUGAUCACUCUCUCUGUAAAGAACUUCUUCCUAAUGUCUAACCUAAACCUCCCCUGGCACAGAUUAAGACCAUGCCCUCUUGUCUUACUGAUAGCUGCCUGGGAGAGGAGACUGACCCCCACCUGGCUACAACCUCCUUUCAGGGAGUUGCAGAGAGUGAUGAGGUCUCCCCUGAGCCUCCUUUCUCCAGGCUGAACAACCCCAGCUCCCUCAGCCUCUCGUCACAGGACUUGUGCUCCAGACCCUUCACCAGCUUCAUUGCCCUUUGGACAUGCUCCAGCACCUCAAUAUCUUUCUUCAAUUGAUGAGCCCAGAAUUGGACACAGCACUCAAGGUGUGGCCUAACCAGGGCCAAGUACGGGGGCAGAAUCACUUCCCUGGUCCUGCUGGCCACACUAUUCCUGACACAGGCCAGGAUGCCAUUGGCCUUCUUGGCCACCUGGGCACACUGCUGGCUCACGUUCAGCUUCCUGUCAAUCAGAACCCCCAGGUCCCUUUCUGCCUGGCUGCUCUCCAGGCAGUCUGGAGACACUUGGCCUUGUUGAACCCCAUACCGUUGGAUUCAGCCCAUCUAUCCAGCCUGUCCAGGUCUCUCUGCAGAGCCCUUCUGCUUUCUAGCAGAUUGCCACUCCCCCCCAACUUGGUGUCAUCUGCAGAUUUGCUAAUGGUGGACUCAAUCCCCUCAUCCAGAUUAUCAGUAAAGAUGUUAAACAGGACUGGGCCCAACGCUGAUCCCUGGGGGACACCACUCGUGACUGGCCACCUACUGGAUGCAGCCCCAUUCACCACCACUCUGUGGGCCCGGCCAUCAGCCAGUUCUUAACCCAGCAAUAAUCCCUAUUCAAUUUUAAAUGAUGUCACAAGAGCAUGAAGAUCUUGUCCUGAUCAAAAGUUGAAUAACUUGGUACAAUAAGCUGUGAUUGACAGAGCAGUGCUGACAAGAACAGUUGAGUAAGACAAUUUACUUACAAACAAGCCUUAGUGGACUGUGGAUCAACAAGCAACAGGAGACCAACACCUGAAACCGCUGGAAAACUGUACAGUGGUAUCACUGUGGACUGAUUUGGUUGGUAUCCUGUGUUGAUAUCUGGCUAUUAAAAACCCAGAGUAACAGAGACUGGGGAGAGAGGAGAGACAGUGUUUAGCAGGUGCCAGAUGUUGCAUAAAAGCAGAGGGUGCAUGGUGGAACCGGAAUGUGACAGUGGAGUAAGUGUUACCUUCUCUCCACAGGCUAUUCUGUGCUGACUGACUGGCACAGUAACUGGGACAGGUCUCUGUUAACUGUAACUGUGUGAAUGAAUAAAGCUUUCUUCUGACAAAGCCUA